UUUGUCGUUAAUUUUUUUACCUAUUUAAGAACCAAAAAAAUACAAAAUUUGCUUAGAAGUAAUAAAACGUUGAUAUCAAUAAUUGUUGAAAUCAAUCUACUUCGUUCUUCUCAACAACACCACCACCACCACUUCUCCUUCUUCCACCUAAAACUCGAUUAUAAUCAUCUAAAGACUCAGCCUUUAAGUAUCCCCAGAAGUCGUAUGACCUUACGUAGCUUAAUCCUUGAGAUGCGUUCGAGACCGCAUCGUGUGGUCCACGACCUUGCCGCCGCCGCAGCUGCCGAUUCCACUUCUGUGUCAUCGCAAGAUUAUCGCUGGUCAGAGAUUCCUGAAGAGCUUCUUAGGGAGAUUCUGAUUCGUGUUGAAGCGGCGGACGGUGGCGGAUGGCCGUCACGACGCAGCGUGGUGGCUUGUGCCGGCGUUUGUCGUGGCUGGCGGCUACUUAUGAACGAAACCGUCGUUGUCCCUGAGAUCUCUUCUAAGUUGACUUUCCCCAUCUCUCUCAAGCAGACUAUGAGUUUUGAAGACGCUGCGUUUGCGUUUGUAUUUGUCCUCAAACUCAGAGUGGCUGGCUCGUAAACUAUGAUAUUGAUCAUGAAACAAGAGAUAUAUGAUCAUUUUUACUGAUUGUAUCAGUUUCAGUUUAAUUAUUGUGUAGUCUUACUUAAAUGUUGAUUUUUGUUGGUGUGUAUCUUCUGCAGCCUGGUCCAAGGGAUUCACUGGUUCAAUGCUUUAUCAAACGUAAUCGAAUUACGCAAUCAUAUCAUCUCUAUCUCGGAUUAACCAACUCUUUAACGGAUGAUGGGAAGUUUUUGCUUGCUGCGUGUAAGUUGAAGCACACAACUUGUACGGAUUACAUUAUCUCUUUACGUUCUGAUGAUAUGUCGAGAAGAAGCCAAGCUUAUGUUGGCAAAGUGAGAUCGAACUUCCUAGGAACGAAAUUCACUGUCUUUGAUGGAAAUCUGCUGCCUUCAACGGGAGCCGCAAAGUUGAGAAAGAGCCGAUCUUAUAAUCCCGCAAAAGUUUCAGCAAAAGUUCCUCUUGGAAGUUAUCCUGUCGCUCAUAUCACAUAUGAGCUGAAUGUCUUAGGAUCCCGGGGACCAAGAAAGAUGCAAUGUCUUAUGGACACAAUACCUACAAGCACAAUGGAGCCUCAAGGAGUAGCUUCAGAACCAUCAGAGUUUCCCUUACUCGGUACUCGGUCAACCUUAUCCAGGUCUCAGUCAAAACCAUUACGCAGUAGCUCAAGCCACCUGAAAGAAACACCAUUAGUGCUGAGCAACAAGACACCACGGUGGCACGAGCAGCUACGCUGCUGGUGCUUGAAUUUCCAUGGCCGUGUCACAGUAGCGUCAGUGAAGAACUUUCAGCUCGUGGCAGCAGGAGCUAGCUGUGGCAGUGGCACGGGAAUGUCACCGGAGAGGCAGAGCGAGCGGAUUAUAUUGCAGUUUGGGAAAGUCGGGAAAGAUAUGUUCACGAUGGAUUAUGGAUACCCGAUCUCAGCUUUCCAGGCUUUUGCCAUUUGCUUGAGCAGCUUUGAGACUAGAAUCGCUUGUGAAUGAUUUACAAGACUUUGUUAAGAUAUCGCUAUAUCUAUCUUGUAAAGAGCAAUUUGUAGCCUUUUGUAAAUUGUGUUCUUUUUAAAAACAACGAGUCGUUGUCUUGUGUUUGAUAAUGUUACAGUUCCUUUUGUUUUGUAGCUUUUUUGUACAUUGUGAUCUUGCAAGAAAAUCAACUCUAUUGCUAUAUUGUGCCAU